GCGAGACGUAUGGGCGAGCCAGGAGGCUGGAUGAUUUUUCGCGUAGCCCUCGCUAUGAGCCUGACGGGGGUAGAGGCGACUCUCGAGGCCGAUGGGAGUCGGAUCAGGGCCGGCGAGACGGAUACAGGGAUGGUAGAUAUGCGAGAUCGGACCGAGAUGGACAUAGGGACGGCAGAUAUAAGAGAUCGGACCACGAUGGACAUAGAGACGACAGAUAUGACAGGUCGGAUCGAGACGGAUACAGGGGCGAUAGAUAUGAGAGAGGAGAUCGACCCGAUGAUUCACGAGGGUGAUACGACCGAGGAGACCGACGUGAUGAUUCACACGGGCGGUACGACCGAGCAGACCGACGUGAUGAUUCACGUGGGCAAUACGACUGAGGAGACCGACGUGAUGAUUCACACGGGCGGUACGACCGAGGAGACCGACGUGAUGAUUCACGCGGGCGAUACGACCGAGGAAACCGACGCGAUGAUUCACGCGGGCGAUACGAACACGGAGACCACCGCAAUGAUUCACGCGGCAGGAAUGAGAGAGGGGGAUAUGGCGCGUCGUCUGAUCCGUAUCCGAAGUCCCCUGACCCCAGAGCAGCGAGAGGUUCGACCUUCAGAGGCACAGACGACAGGCCACCCACUCCCAGAAACUCUUGCGUCUACUGUAGAGGAGAUGAUCAUAUCAAGAGAGAUUGCCCGGACCUCCAACGGGCAAUAGAUGAGGGACUUGUCGUGCUUGACGACCGCAAGUACGUCAAGUGGGCAGAUGAUCUGAGAGAUGUAUGGAUGUCCCCUUCGAUGAAGGAGAAUGUCGAAGCAAGGAGAGUAAAGCCGAGUAAAGGAAAG